UUGGAGUUGCCGGUCGAUAUUCACAAUUAAGAGUCGGAACGUUAAGGGUUAAUUCUCAUCAUGUAUCUGUGAUGCAUUUCGAUUUCGCCACGUUCGAACUUGCGAUAGUCGAGAUCGAAAGAAAGAAGGGGUCGAUCGAUCGAUGGAACGCCGAUCAUAUCGCACAGCGGCGACAGGAUUUAAAAGGACGUUGGGAACAAGCCUUUAACUGAGCUUCUGGAGCCAUCUAUUGAAAGAAGGAAGGAAGGACAGCGGCGACAGUGCGGUACUCGGCUAACCAACGACACGCACAAAGUUCGGAGUCGGAUAAUUCCAACGAAUAUGGCACGAAUCGUCGCCGUGAAGGAAUGCCUCGAGAAAGCACUGAGGGAUGAGAGCAAGCCGUGGACGAAGGUAUUCGCCCAGGCGGAAGAGAAGACCGGCGUCGAUCGGCUGUAUAUCUUUCUUGGAUCAUUAACACUGCUGGCUGUGUAUUUAGUAUUUGGACUGGGACAGCAGUUGGUAUGCAACAUAAUCGGUUUUGUGUAUCCUGCUUACGAAUCCAUGAAGGCGCUGGAAACUUCCAAGAAGGAGGACGAUACAAAGUGGCUCACUUAUUGGGUCGUUUUUGCCGUAUUUACUAUAAUAGAAUUUUUCUCAGAGUAUAUUGUCUGUUGGUUCCCAGUCUAUUGGCUGUUCAAGUGCAUAUUUUAUGUGUGGUUGAUGGCACCGACUGAGUACAAUGGUUCUUUGAUUCUGUACCGGCGUAUCAUCCGUCCCAAGUUCUUGCAGUAUCAACCUGGACUAGACAGAUUUUUGUCUAAUGCGCGUGACACAGCAGUCAAAACUGCAGCAGAAGCAUUAUUGACCAACAAGCAAGAUUAACAAGAUUACAAGUCACACUAACAGGAAUUAGAAAGUCCAAUUGUCUUUCCUUCUAUGUCUUGAUCCUAACAGGAAGAAUUGUGAACUUUGUGCUUUUCUGAAUAUUUCUAAGUGUCCUACAUUUUAAAUGGUAUAAUAAAAAAUACCGGGCAAAAAAUUGUAAGUAUACACACACACACACACACACACACCCGCGCACAAGAUUGAUGAUUGUUAAAGUUGCUAGGAAAAACUGGUUGAGUAAAAUUUCAUGUUAAUAUAGUGAACACUAUGUGAACACUAUGAGACACAUGAACGAAAGGAAAAAAAAAAUAUCUCCCUCUGAAAGAAUAAAUCGUUUGCAAAGCUGGUGUGAUAGUCUGAUUAUAGAAUUAGGAUUGUUAGGCAGGUCCGGCACAGCACGGAAAUAUGCGUUUUGUUUCCAGUUGCUCAACUGAAAGCAGAAGUGUUUGAAGUGUUUUUGUAUUAUAGGAUAGGAAUGUCGCGUGUGUCUCCGCCAUCCUUAUACGUAGCGAUUGUUAAUACCUAUAUACUAGUGUAUCUUUACGUAAGGUCCUCACCAACAUCGAUUAAACAUUUAAAUUUUUAAAUUAAAUUUUAAAUUAAAAUUAAAUUUUAAUUUAAAUUAAAUUUUGAACUGAAUGAUCAUUUGUGGACGUCAGUGAUUUCUCGACGCUGCAUAUUCUAAAUCGUUCCUGUUAUCAAUCUGAUAAGAUCGACGUUGGUGGAGCCCAAUCUUUAGUAUGCCUUAUGUAAGUUUUUAGACAUGACUGUUAAGGAGAGGCAUUUAAUCAUUGGGAAAUUUUAGAAAUUCCAAUUCGUAUGAUGUGUGAGAAAUGACAUACGAGACUCAGGUAAAUUUCUUAUUAUUGUUGCCACCUAAUCAUGUGCGCGAUAUCUCGUCUAUAUAAUAUAUACGACUUUUUCCAAAAGCAUUCAGGGAAGCGAGCCUCCUUAGCUAGUUCAUGAGCCGCCAAAAUGCGAUGAGAGGAUGGACUGUUGGUGUAUCCUCAAUUAUCCGCGAUUAGUUUAACUUUCUACGUCCCACGUGUGAGAACUUGCAUCGUAUUUGCAUGCGACCGUCGUCUGUUCUUCGUUUAAAGUAUUCUACGUUACAUUCUUCGUUAUUAAAGUAUAGACGCACCCUAAGAUAUGUGUUGCUCAAGUUAAGACUUUGUAUCGACGUUGAGUAACUUAACUAUCGGUAGUUGUGUAUCCGAUAAUAUCAACGUCCCAAGUGCGGAUCGAAUAUCCGACUCUUUCGCGACCUCGAGACCAAAUUUUCCCAAACUUUCCCCUCGAUUGCACUAAAAAAGAUUUACUUCGUUUCAACUACGCGCUCAAUGUUGCGACUCUCGCCGGGUUUACGGGUUUUAUGCGGAAAUGUAAAUUUAAAUAUAUAUCGACGAUGAUUGUAAAUUGGUGAAUUGAGGAAUGUGCACGAAUAAAUAACUUUUUAUUUUA